AUGGACCGACCCCCAGAAGAGAACGUCUUGUGUCCCAAGAACAUACAAUGGAUCAAAGAGUGCCUUGCAGAAAGUGUGGACACAGGUGAUCCACGGGGACAAGAUGCUGGGGAUCUGCAUCGUUUGAAAUACCUGCCGUUGCGUCUAUUGGAUUUGAUGCCCGAUGGAGAUUAUGAUUGCAGGCUCGUCACAACCGACUCAGAAACACUUCCGCCUGACACCAAGUACUUGGCUCUGAGCUAUUGCUGGGGCAGUCCUGAAGAUGCAGAAACGCAGUUCAAAACUGAAUCUAGCUCAUUCAGUGAUCGGAAACGCGGUUUCAUGGAUGAUCAAGUACCAUCAGGUAUCCGAGAUGCUUUCAAGGUAACGAGAACGUUGGGUAUACGAUACCUAUGGGUGGAUGCAUUGUGCAUUCUUCAAGGCGACAUGGAGGACUGGGAAAAGCAAUCGGCGCAGAUGGCAAAGAUAUUCCGGGGCGCAUUCGCUGUUAUAUGCACAGCAGGCUCAGAUUCGUGUCACCAGGGAUUUCUUGAAAGGAACAUGGAUACAGCCUGUAUCCGAUUCCAGUCACGAAUUAACCCAGCUAUACAUGGUCACUACAACAUACGAUGGCGCUCUGUUAUUUUAAACCAGUACGAUGCCAACCUGGACACCAAUGGGACAGACAUAUGGAAAUGUCGGUGGGGAACUCGUGGAUGGACUUUCCAGGAAGAAAACCUGGCACAACGAGCCAUCAUAUUUGGCAAGACGAAAAUACACUACAGAAGAACGACGCUGUUGUGGACCGAGAAUCAAAAACCACUGCCAAAUUAUACAAACCUAGAAUACAGCAGCGCUUCAAUCCAAAAGCUCGAUGACACUGCGAUUUCGGGUUGGCUUGAACAUCUCCAAGGCUUUUUCGGGCGGCAAUAUACCAACUCCCAAGAUGUGCUGCCGGCAAUUUCUGGAUUUGCAGCACUUGCCUCAAAUGGCGACUCUAGGAACUAUCUCGCAGGUGUUCGCAAGCCACAUCUGCACCGCGAUCUCAUUUGGUUGUUACGCUUUGGGAGAACGGAUAAGUCAUCACUGCUCUUAUCGCUGCAAACAUGUGAUCCAUACAUAGCACCGUCAUGGAGCUGGGCGAGCCGUCAACAAGGUGUAGUGGUGGGGGGCUUCUUGGAACAGUUUUUUCUUCAUGCGCUCCCUACCGAUGUGAGGAGGGAAUACAGUUAUGUAGAAACCCAUGUGUCAGUGGUGGGCCAUAACCCCUAUGGCCGAGUGUCACAGGGGAGACUGAAGUUUUCUGCAGUGGUUGUACGACUGUCGCAAAGGCUGAGUUCACCGCGGAAUGCGUGGGAUAUGCGCGAGUAUAAUGACGAAGACUUUUAUGCUCGAAUCGUACUGGAUUGGAAAACAGAGGAUACCGAACCCGGAGCAGCUGAUGAUCUUUUCUUUAUGCUCCUAGGAAGCUUUGAGCCGAUUGAUAUUGACAGCGAAAUCGGGAGCGAAUCUAGCAUAAGUGAUCACGGGGAUAAAGGCCAGGGUCGCAUGCGCUUGCUUGUCCGUAUGGAUGUCGUCCCGCAACCAAAAUUCAAAGGCGGGGAUGAUGAGGAUGAUGAGGAUGAUGAGGAUGAUGAGGAUGAUGAGGAUGAUGAGGAUGAUGAGGAUGAUGAGGAUGAUGAGGAUGAUGAGGAUGAUGAGGAUGGGGUAUACACAUCCGAUCAAGGUGCCAGCACGGCUGCACUUAUUUCGAGUUCCGAUACAUCAUCUCCUAGUCCGCAGGCAGUGUCUUCCGACAGCACUGCACGAGAAGAAGGCGCCAGACUGCCAGUGGAUGACGAUCCCCCAGGGUCAGACUUCUCCGAGGACGCAUGCCAGGGCAGAAUGGCUUAUGGCAUUAUCAUUCAUCCAGCCUUAGAACCGGGCGAGUUCUACCGGGUUGGCGUAUGGGCAGCCCCUGAAAGAAACGGGAGCGGGGGUCUCUACUACUUUCGUGAUCGUCAGGAAUCGACAUUGACAUUGGUUUGA